UUUCAUGGAAUUGAAAUAAGCUUGCGCCAGCUGAAACGAGUGCUUAGGCGUCAGGGUCUUCGUAGAAGAAAGGAUCACAAUGACAUUAGCGAAAUUUUAAACGCGAUUGAAACUGAACUUGAAGGAAGUGGAAACAGUAUUGGUUAUCGUCGAAUGCACCAGCGAUUAAGAAUUGACUACGGUCAUGUUGUUCAGAAGGAGACCGUACAAGUUAUAAUUAAAGAAUUGGAUCCUGCUGGUGUACAGUCACUAUCAUCAAAGCGAUUACGGAGGAGAGAAUACCGUAGUAAAGGACCAAACUACAUCUGGCAUAUAGGUGGUUAAAAAAAAGCUCAAACCAUUUGGGUUUUGGACAUAUAGGACAUAUAGGGCUAUCGAUGGUUACAGCCAACGUAUUAUUUGGUCAGAAGUUGGUCGUACAAACAACAACCCAAAAAUAAUUUCUAACUAUUUCACAGACUAUAUUCGUCAAAUUGGAGGAGUCCCGAGGAUAUUGCGUGCAGAUGCGGAAACAGAAAAUGGGUAUGUCGCGGGAUUAAAACUGUUUCUAAGGUCAGAGUGCGAGAUGCAUUUUCAGGUGAUAAAAGUUUCUUGUACGGAAAGUCGGUAAGAAAUUAGAGGAUAGAAGCUUGGUGGUCUUCUCUGAAGAAAAGUGAUAUAAACCGGUGGAUCGACUUUUUUAAAGACAUGAGAGAUGAGAGUAUCUUUUACGAUCGUGACCCACUUCAUUUAGGAUGCUUAAGAUUCUGUUUCAUGCCUUUGAUUCAAGGAGAACUCAACAAAGUCGCCAUACACUGGAAUCUGCACAAGAUAAGACCUUCGCAUAAUGUAGAAUCCUCUUCUAGCCGACCAGAUUUACUCUAUUAUGUUCCUGCAUGGACAAAUGCUACAGAUUACCUGACAGAAGUGGACCUAGAUGACAUUAAAGUGAUUGAUGGUGUAUGCUGCGACAAAACAAGCCCCACAUAUUGUUUGGAGGAAUGCAUAGAAUUGAUUGACAUAAUUAUGCAAGAACAACAUUGGCAAGUGCCUUCAACUGCUCUAGAAGCCCGUAACCUUUUCGUGGAUCUAGUUUAUCUCAUCGACAACAGUUAG